CGUACUUCCGUCUCAGAGGCAGCGACACACGUGUGGUUUUUUAAUGGACAUGGUUCAUAGUCAGUAACUACCGACAAAAGGCUAUAAAUCCGUUUCAGGUUAAGGCAACAAAUUACAACCGCAAAAAUGGGGAAGAAACUUAAAGUCGGAAAAACCAGGAAAGAUAAAUUCUACCAUUUGGCUAAGGAAACAGGUUAUCGCUCUCGUUCCUCCUUCAAACUCAUUCAGCUCAACCGUAAAUAUCAGUUUUUACAAAAAGCCAGAGCCGUGGUCGAUCUGUGUGCAGCUCCGGGUGGAUGGUUACAGGUGGCAUCAAAAUUUAUGCCUGUUUCAAGUCUCAUUAUCGGUGUUGACCUGGUUCCCAUCAAGCCAAUUCCAAAUGUGGUGACGCUGCAGGAAGACAUCACCACUGAUAAGUGCAGACAGGCUUUACGAAAGGAGCUGCAGACAUGGAAAGUGGAUGUGGUAUUGAAUGACGGAGCGCCAAACGUGGGAGCCAACUGGCAACAUGAUGCCUUCACACAAGCUCAUCUGUGCCUCAUGGCACUUAAACUGGCCUCUGAGUUUUUAAACAAAGGUGGAACCUUCAUCACAAAGGUCUUCCGCUCCAAAGACUACCAGCCGCUGCUCUGGAUCUUCCAGCAUUUCUUCAAGAAGGUUCAGGCCACCAAGCCACAGGCCUCCAGGAAUGAGUCUGCUGAGAUCUUUGUGGUCUGUCAGGGCUAUCUUGCUCCAGAUAAAAUUGAUGCGAAAUUCUUUGACCCCAAACAUGCCUUUAAAGAGGUGGAUGUUCAGGCGAAAACCAUUAAAGACUUAGUUCCUUACAAGAAGGCAAAGGCGGAGGGAUACGCUGAUGGUGAUCUGACCCUUUACCACAGCUUCACCCUGACUGACUUUCUGAAAGCUGAGAAUCCUGUAGACUUCCUCGACAAAGCCAGUACGAUCACCUUCGACAACCCAGAGCUGCAGUCUCAUUCAGCCACCAGUCGUGAGAUUAAGGAGUGUUGUCGUGACAUCAAAGUCUUGGGCCGUAAAGAACUUCGUAUGUUGUUGAACUGGAGAUCCAAGCUGCGGAGAUAUAUGGCCAGGAAGUUGAAGCAGGCCAAACAGCAGGACCAGGGGAUCAAAUUAAGUUCAGAUGAAGCAGAGAGUAAUUCAGAGGAUGAGGCAAAACAGACGACAAAAAAAGAUCAGCAGCAGCAGGAGGACGAUGAAGACGAGGAAAACGACAAGGAGGAAGAGGAAGAAAUGGUGAAGAAACUGGCGGAGCUGAAAGCCGAGGAGGUGGCUGAGCUCAAAAGGAAGAAGAGGAAGCUGUUGAAGGAUCGGAGGAAGCAGAGGGAGAGAGUGGAGCUGAAGAUGGAUCUGCCUGGUGUCUCCAUCGCUGACACCAGCGAUUGCUCCCUCUUCUCACUCGCUACCAUCAAGAAACGAAAUGUGCUGACCGACUUAUCCAAAGGGGACAUGCAAGCUGCGGAAAAUCUCGGGGAUGAUGACAUCGAAGUGUCAGAGGACGAGGCUGGUGAAGAGGAUAAAAUGUCCCUGGCUUCUGAUCUGGAUGAAGAGGAUUUGGAGGAGGUGGAAAAAAGACAGAUGGAGCUGGAGCAGAAGGCAGGAAAGAAGAAGGUAAAGUUUGCUAAAGAGGAAGAGGAUGAUAAAGUCCAGGACAAUAGUUUGCUGGUGGAGCUGGAGGAAAAGGACGAGAAGGAAGAGCGAGAGACCAACCUGUGGUUCAGCAAGGGCAUCUUUUCAGAGAUUGGUCUGGAAGGAGACGCACAGAAUGAACUGCAACAGACGGAGUUCCUCCAGAGCAGAAAGACAGGUAAAAAAAGAAAAGCUAAGGAGGAUGAUGUGGAGGGGGAGGAGCAACAAGAGGAGGAGGAGAAGGAGCAAGAACCUGUUGACACAAAAAAGGAAAAGGCAGGACCUUCACAGGAAGCUCAGGAGGAGAGUGACAGCGACUCAGAUGACAGCAGCGAUGAUGAGAAGGAGAUCAGCAAGAUGAAAAAUGCCAGAGGCCUUAAUGGAACAGAGGCAGACAAUGAAGACUUCCAGGUUGUACCUGUAGAGAGCACCAGUAAGAAAGCCAGGAUCCUGGACGCAGAAGGUCUGGCCCUGGGCUGCCAAAUAGCUACUUCUAGGAAGAGAGCCAGAGACCUGGUGGACGACUCCUUCCAUAGGUUUGCCAGUUCUGAUCAGCCGUGGGAAGUUCCUGAGUGGUUCCUUGGUGAUGAACGUAAACACAGAAAGAAGCCAAUUGAACUCUCUAAAGAGAUGGUGGAGGAAUACAAACAAAAAUGGAAGGAAAUUGAUGCCCGGCCGAUCAAACGUGUCGCUGAAGCCAAGGCCAGGAAGAAGAGGAGGACGCUGAAAAAGAUGGAGCAGGCCAAGAAGAAAGCUGAGGCCGUGGUGAACACAGUGGACAUCUCUGAGAGAGAGAAGAUGGCUCAGCUGAAGAGUAUUUAUAAGAAAGCCGGCCUGGGGAAGGAGAAGAGAGAAGUGACAUACGUUGUGUCAAAAAAAGGAGUUGGUAAGAAAGUGAGACGGCCUGCUGGCGUCAAGGGAGUUUUCAAAGUAGUGGACAGUCGUAUGAAGAAGGACGCAAGGGGAAUUCAGAGGAAAGAGCAACGUGCCAAAGGGGGCAAAGGGAAAGGAGGCAAGGGCAAAGGAAGACCAUCAAAGGGAGGCAAAGGAGGAAUGAGGAGCGGGAAAGGUGGCAAAAGAAAAUGAAUCUGAACCCCUAUCAUUCUACUGGAGGUGACCUUUGACCUGUUAUAACUGUCCUUCUCUGUGUUGAUCAUCCUCUGAGCUCUUGUCUAAGUGAAAUAAGUCCCAUACAACAGGGUCAAGUUUCAUGAUACGCUGGCACAUGUCAGAUUAAAACGAAACAUGUUUUUGUCUUUUUGAAGAUGUCAAGUUUUUUUGCCGUCCUCUUUUAAAAGAGGGUUUUUAUACUGCAAAAGAGCUGAACUCAAUCUCUAACACAACAGUAAAUAUGUUCUCGUUUGAUUUUGUAAAUACCAAAGACAUCAUUGCAAUAAAUAAUUUUGAUUGAAA